CGUAACCUGGGAAUCGAAAGACCAACUUACACCAAUUUGAAUCGACUCGUUGGACAAAUAGUCAGCUCCUUCACCGCCUCACUCCGUUUCGAAGGAGUCCUAAAUGUGGAUCUUAUCGAAUUCCAGACUAAUCUUGUCCCUUAUCCACGUAUUCACUUCCCGCUCGUCACCUACGCACCAACAAUUUCAGCGGAGAAAGCCUACCACGAACAAAUGAGUGUGGCGGAACUAACCAAUGCUUGUUUCGAGCCGGCAAAUCAGCUGGUGAAAUGCGAUCCACGUCACGGAAAAUAUAUGGCAUGCUGCUUACUGUAUCGUGGUGAUGUGGUCCCGAAAGAUGUAAACGAUGCAAUUGUUUCCAUCAAAAACAAACGUACCAUUCAAUUUGUUGACUGGUGUCCGACGGGAUUCAAAGUAGGCAUCAAUUAUCAACCACCUACUGUAGUACCUGGAGGAGAUCUGGCACAGGUGAAUCGUGCUGCAUGUAUGCUGAGCAAUACGACUGCAGUUUCCGAGGCUUGGGCUCGACUGACGCACAAAUUCGACAUGAUGUAUUCGAAACACGCGUUUGUGCAUUGGUAUGUAGGCGAAGGCAUGGAAGAGGGCGAAUUCAGUGAGGCACGUGAAGAUUUGGCCGGAUUGGAAAAAGACUACGAAGAGGUGGGCGCUGAAACAGUACAAGUGGAUGACAAAGAACUAGACUGA